AUAUCUCAAAUAUCAACCUCGUGGCUGUAUUCGUAGACCAAACCAAAGCAGGCAGCUUGGCACCAUACUCUACAAACGGGUCAGCGUUGCCGCUUCCAAGACACCAUCAUCUGUCAUUUCCAUUUAGAGCGUUCACCACAACGAAACCCCAUCAGCGAGCAAGAUGUGCUCUUUCACCAGCGGAUGCUCUCACCUCACUUGUUUUCUGACUUAGCAUUGCGCCUUGCGCCCCCCGCCCUAUGCACCUCAUUGCCCUGUUCCAACUUCCUCUCGUGCUCCCAUAGGUGGCCAUGCGCGCCUUCGCGCCCGUAUGCAUGGCGUCAACGCUGGGCUUGGGAUGCCUGCUGCCAAUCGCAGUGCCAAGUCUUUCUCGUCAGGAGUCGGGGAUCAGGAGCAGUUGAGUCUUCAAUCGUCAUGGUGUUGGACAAGGGCUCCAGAGGGUCUGAUUUCUAUGGCACCGUCAGCAAUACGGAUGCGACAACUUCCCAUCCGACAAGUUACGACAAAUCUUAUUCGACAGCUUCGAAGGAAUCAGCCAAGCAUCCAGUGCGCACACCUUAUCGAGUAUCCCUGUAUUCUUCGGGCAAAGUGUGGAGUCUGAUCGUUCGUGGGCGGAUUAGAAUGACCAUGUGGCUACUCUCGAUGUGAAGAUAUUCGCAAAGAUUUCCGGGUCUUCUACGAAGACAUCUCAGCGAGCAUCCGCAUGAUUGUGCCUCUGACUCCUUGGCCGCUCCGCACGGGAUUGAGUGAUGAAUCUCCAAGGUUGAGAAUGUUUCAUCUCAGAGAUCGAGAUGGACGUAAAUGUUGCCGGAAUUAUUGCGAGGUGGAAACACAGCAGGAUUGACGGGUUCCACCGUGUGUAUGGCCUUUCAAACCAACUAGAGCAAGAUGUCAUCCAGAAUUUGACAUACUCUCCUUACCCUAGAUACUUGACUUCUGGUAGAUAGGUGACUUCGACUAGAUACGUUAUCUUGGCGCGUUCUUGCUUACCUGCCUAUGUUUACUUCCGCCUGGGGCGAGGCCGUCAGGGACUCGUC